AGUAUUAAAAGUGAAUAAGUGUGCAAUAAAUAAUUAUAAUAAUAUGUCUGAGAAUGACGACUUGUUAGCUAAUCUAUUGUCAGUGGCUACAGAAGAGCUAAACAAUUUGAGUAAAAACAACUUAAAAGAAGCGGAUAUAUUUAAACAGGAAAGCAAUUUAAUAACAAAUAAAAUCUGUGGGAAUGAUUCACGCAGCCUUAUACACAAAGGAGACACGGAUUCUUCUGAAGACGAAGAAAAUAGGAUACAGGAAAAAAAAUACAAUGAAUUUGGUAGGAACAUCAAACAACAAUUACAGACUACAUCAAGUUCCUACGAUAAACAACAAGGCUCAUCUUGGAAAAUGAAAUCAUCUUUUAUAUCUUCCGCUCAAACCCCAAUAUCCUCAUUAUCAAAAAGGUCUAACGAGCCUGCAAAACGUGAUGAUAUAUAUACAGAUCCUAUUUUUGGUAUGCGUAUUGUCAAACCUUUAAUAUCAUCUGCUACUUUGAAAGAACGCAUGGUUGGUCGAGAAGCUGUACCUUUUGCGAGAAUAAAUAACUAUCUACAAACAUGUCAUAAAGAAAAAGAUUGGGUAAUUGCUGGAGUGAUAGCAAAUAAAAGUGCUGUUAAAACUUCACAAAAAGGGACUCAAUUCUGUAUAUGGACUUUAACUGAUCUUAAAAAUGACAUCAAAACAAUUUCGCUUUUUUUAUUUAGCAAAGCUCAUAAAGAGCUAUGGAAAACUGUUGUUGGAACUAUUGUUGGCGUUUUGAACCCUAACGUUUUAGAUAGAAAAGAUGGAUCUAAGGAUGAGGCAUGUUUAAGUGUCGAUAAUCCCCAAAGGGUAUUAAUACUUGGCCUAUCAAAGGAUUUUGGAACUUGCAAAAGUUUGAAAAAAAAUGGCGAACAAUGCAAUGCAAUAGUAAAUCUAAAUCAAUGUGAAUAUUGCAUAUAUCAUAUUAAACAAGAAUAUCAGAAAUGUAGUAAGAGAUCUGAACUUCAAGCAAAUUUUGUAGGAAGGGGCUUAACUGCCUUGAGGAAUAAGGUGCUCGGUAAAAAUGAAGUGUUUUAUGCCGGUAAAUCAUAUAUGGCGAUACCUGCUAAGAAAAGUAAAAAAUUGGAGGUUAGGGACAGCAGUCGACUUGUAAGCUUAAGUGGGAAGAGUACAAAUAUAAUAUCAAAUAACAAAAAAGUAAAAAAUACAAAUAUGUCAAAAAAAAUGAAUGCUGCUAGAUUAGAUGUAUCACCAGCACAAAAAUUACGGGAUAUGGAACUAUUGAAAAAAUUAGAAGGUAGUUUUGGACUUGAAACAAAGAAUUCCUUUUCAGGAAAACAUUCUGCAGAUGUAUCUUUAAAGGAAUCUAAGAAUUUGGCAAUGAAUGUGAUUGAUAAAAUUAAAUCAAAAAAUAGUAUACCGAAUACUUUAAAAGAUAAUGACACUUCUAUUAUAAAUGAAUUAGUUGUAUCUAAAGACAUUGAUAGUAACCAAACUCUGUUAAAUAAGAGUGAUACUUUAGAGGGCAAUAAGCAAGUCGGUGAGAACAUAAAUACUUUACAUAUAGAUUACUCUUCUAUAACGCCUACACUAAAUGCUUCUUCUGUAUAUAAUAAGGAGAGUUCGAAAGAGACUAUUUCUUCACAAUCAAGAAGCAAUCAAUUUUCAAUACAACAGUUAACAUGUGACAAAGAUAUGUUUCCAGUGUUGUCCCAUAGUGGAUUAAACACUGUUAUAGAUUUGAACACACCAAUAACUAAUAAACAGAAAAAUAGAGCUAAAUUAAAUGCAAUAAAGUUUGUACAAAAAAAUGGGAGCAUAAAAAAGACAGAUCCCAACAGUACCAGAACCUACGGUAGGAAAAGGACUAUUGAGGAGGUUGAGAAAUCUGAAAGUAUUUCUAAGAAAAGUAAAUUAGCCGACAGUGAAUUUAUAUCUGAUCGUUUUAAAAAAAUGAUGGAGACGACGUCCAAACACACAGAUUUAUUAGAAUGUAGAGAUGACGAAGAAAAAGAAAAGUAUUUUAAGAAGUUGGAAAUUAAGGAAAAGAUGGAGGAAAAAAUGAUUAAUACCCAUAAAGUGCCGUGUAAAGCUGUUCAAUGUCUUAAAUGUAAAUAUACCAGUUUUUCCGCCUCUGACCUUUGUAAAAGUGAAACACACCCAUUAAAAGUUUUUGACGCCAUGAAAAGAUUUUUUAAAUGUGGAGAUUGUGGCAAUAGAACAGUUACAUUAAAAAUUAUUCCAGUCGAUCCAUGUAAAAAUUGCCAAAGUGGAAAUUGGCAAAAAUCUGGCAUGAUGAAAGAUAAAUCCGUUUUAACCCAUUCACUUUCAAUAAGAGGAGGAGAACAAAAGUUUGUAAAUUCUGUUGUAACGGAUCAAAACAUAAAUUUGUUAGUGUGUAAAAAGUUUAAUGAAAUUGGUAGUAAACUAUUGUCAAGAGGCUUUAUUCAGCUAGAAAAAAGACAUGCAGCUAUUUAUAAGCGGGUUAAAUCCCUGUUACCUCGAAGAGAAUCGGAAAGAAGAGCACAUCCAUUGGCUAGACAUUACGAUAUACUUCAAGCUGUUGAAACAAGGAUUAGUAUGUUAAAAUUGUUAAACAUGACAUACAAUAAAUAUAUUGAAAAUAACCUUCUUUGUUUUGUUCCUGGCAAGGUUUUGGAUGAAAUGAAAAAUGUUUUAGCUCUUGUCGAGAGUGAUCAAACACCUCCUCGUACCCACCAAUUAUUACAAGAACUGCGAGAUUUAACCAGCAUGGCUAUGGAACAUUUUGAUGAGCACAUACUUCCUAGAGUAAAGGAACAAAUAGAUCGAAGAUCAGCUCUUUCCUAUGGGGCAGUGCCAUCAUGUUCUAAAUCUCCAAAAAUAUUAUAUGCUCAACAUGCAUUAUCCAAUGAACUACAUAAAGUAAAAAAACAGAGCAAAACUCAUAAACAUCAUAUUUCAUAUCUAACACAAAGUACCCAGAAGCUAUGUCAAAAGUUAAGGAAGCAGAAUAUGCGUCUAAAGGCACAAUCCUUAAAAAUCAAGGAACAAGAAAGAAAAAUUCAAGAACAAAAUACAAAGAUUAUGGAACAAGAAGCUACGUUGGCAGAUAUUAAAAAACACAUCGAUGAAUGGGAUCAAAAGUAUACAGAUCUUACUACUGAACUUGUACGAGCUAGAGACGACAUAUUAUCAGCAGCAUCCCAUAGUUCUACGUCUAAUUCAGUGCAGACUUCACCACCAAAAUUUUACAAAACUAACAUAAAGCCUCGCGUGGCACAUAUUUUACCAAAAAGUUAUGUAGCACUUCAGUUUGACUUGGAAAGGAAGCGUAAAUCAAAUUUACUUCCCAAAAUACCCGUAAAACGUAACAGAAGUCCAGAGAAGGAUGAAAAGAAUAUAUCUAAUACUCAUAAAAAAGAUGAUGUGAAUUUAAAUAUACCAGACCUUAUCGACUUCAAGAAUGAAAAGAACGGUAAAAAUGAUGAAAAACAAGAAAUUAAAGGAAGAUUUGUUAGAAGUGAUUUAAGUUCUAUUAUUAGUAAUUCACUUGAAAAUUUAUUAAAAAAUCCUUUAACCAACAUCAAGUCAAGAAAAAGAAAAAUGGCAGAUGAAAUUGAUCUGAAAUAAUUCAUUUUUGAGCUUUAAUUCUGCGAAUUUAUACCCAACGUGAAGUACAUGAAUUCUGAAAAUUCGCCAGUUAGUAAUUAGGACUAAUUUUAAUAAAUGAUAAGUAACACAUUACUCAUGUAAUAAUUUUUGUUACCUUUAAAUAUAAAAAAAUA